AUGGGGCGCUUCAAAUGGCUGUUCUUCCUGUUCCUGGUACUGACGCUGGGUUUCGUCUGGUUCUUCGGAUCCUACCUACAUAAGAGCCUGACCAAAAGCAAUGUGAAGUUAGCGUCAUAUCAGGAAACAAGGACAUGUGAAAUGUCGGAGAAAAACUCUCAUGUGAAGAGAUCAGAGGUACAACCCGAAGUCCAGCGUACCACUAAACCGCCUCAGACUGUUAACAUAACGCCGACAGACACGGGAAGUUCAGCACCGCCGACAGACACGGGAACUUCAGCACCACCGACAGUACCUCCAGACAAGCGGAGUCCCACCUGGUUCCUACGUGACGACACCUACACACGAUCGAAAUGCCCUAGCGCAAUACGUAAGAACCCAGAUAAGGUUCCUGGUGGACAAAAGUUUAUUCCCGACAUCCCCGUCCUGAUGUGGAGUGAGCACAUCACCCCUGAGGAGUACGCCAGACUCUCGCAGUUCAAAAUGAGCUACGGAUGGGACGGCAUGUCUUAUGAAGAUGUCAAGAACUGUCUCCGUCACUUGAACACGUCUGCCCACCGCUACAUGUUCCCCGGCUGGACGCCUGACCAUGCCGGCUGUAUCCGGUGUGCUGUUGUCGGGAACGGGGGGAUCCUGAAGGGGUCUGGCAAGGGGAAGGAGAUAGACGGACAUGACUUUGUCUGGAGAGUGAACGCCGCCAUUACUGAGGGAUUCGAAGAGGAUGUUGGGAAAAGAACAUCCUUUUACUUCCAUUGUGUCAACAGCAUGAAGAAUUCAGUUCUAGCAGCACGAAAAUAUGGCUUCCGACACCCUCCUCAGAGCAAGGAUACGGUGUAUACCUCCAUUUCCCACGGUAGAAGAGACUACGUGUACUUUGACGCCGCCAUAAGUUGGAAGCCAGUAGAGUCAGGAAGAGACAGAAGCAAGGUGCACGAGCCCCCGUCUGAGUAUGGUGUAAAGCCUGCGAAUACGAAGUUCCGGAUGCUUCAUCCUGACUUCAUGAGGUAUCUGAAGUAUCAGUAAGUGUGGAUCUACCUUCUUAUGAUGACUACUUUGUAAUAUAGA